UCUAUUCGGUAUUGAUUUUAACUUACUCGUUUGAACUUUCUACAGGCUUCUUGACCUUUUUCUUCUUUAAGAACCCCAUUUAAAAAGUUUUAAACUCGGUGUAAAGCCGGAUAUUAAACGUUAGUGUCCAAAAGUGAGAAGAGCAAAACACACUACGUAAGAUAUAUCAAAUUGGCAGACAGUUGUGUGAAGAUGACUGUCCACUAAGGAACUGUUAUAGUGAAAGCUCAGCACGACAUUCGCAUUAGACGACAUAUGGUCGUCUAGUUAUCCAAACUAUUUAAUGGAUAUGAGACUAUCAUGAGACAUAUUUAGCAGAAACUUUAGAAAAGUUUUUUGUGGUAGGAGAUAAUUAUGAAUCAUGAUCAAUAUAUAAUGCCAGUAAGGAUAUGGUUCUAAGAUAUGAGUAGGAAAUUGUCUUCCGAACCAACACUAUGCAGACAAUGUCAUGUAUACAGAUUCGAUACAAAUUUAUUAGACUGGUCUAAAUAUUAUGUGUUACCUUUUUCUAAGUGAGAAUUUAAAAUAUUAAACAUUUGAUUAUUUUAGCUGAAAAUGGCUGAAGGAAAAGAAGACAUCAUACUCUUCAUGACAACCAUGUCGUCAAGUCUUGAAGUGAAGAAGAAAUGUCAGAAGAUAGUAACAGUGAUGGCAAGUGUCUCCACCACCCACAACUUGAUUGAGAAGGACGUUUCCCGGCCAGGAGGGUUAGUUGAUAUGAGGGACACACUGAAGGAUCCUAAAGCACUGCCUCCCCAACUUUACCAUGAAAAACUUGGGCCUCUUGGGAACUACGAUUUGUUUGAAAACGCUGUAGAAGACAAUCAGCUGAACGACUUCCUAAAAAAGGAGUACACAUUCGAGGGAUGAGCUAGCUCUUUUACACAGGAGAAAUAUCGCUACUCUUAUUGGGACUGUUAAAUACGAGCUGCUCAGCUGCCGCUUAACUCUGUGCUUAGAUUCUUGUCACGAAUAAUGCACGUUCGGGAUUUCUUUCCUUUAUCUGUCAAUUGGAGCAAUUAUUUUUUCGGUAAGCGAUUUUUGAAUUGAAGCCGAUUUUUCUGGAUUGUUUAUUUGUACUGUACGGUUUGUUGUCAAUCUAUUUUUAUUUACCUUUGAUACGGACAUGUAUAUUUUGUUUAUUUUAAUGAAUUGCUGAUGAUCUAUAUUAUUUAACUCGAA